UGCCGUCUCUUUUUUCUCUCUCUUGGGUUUUUGGUCUGUAGUUGUAGACUGUAUGCUUUCAAACGCCAUGAACACUGUUGCUACAGCUGCAGCUCUCUCUUUGCCCAUUUCUUUGUGUAGAUCAUCUAAACAUAACUCUAAAAAGGGGGUUAGGGGUGGGUUUGGGGUGUUUGCGGUAUUUGGGGAGGAAGGUGGGGUGCUAGAUAAGAAGAGUGUAUGGAGUACCCUCUUUGAUGUGGAGGAUCCAAGAUCCAAGAUGCCUCAGUUGAAAGGGAAGUUCUUGGAUGUGAAUCAAGCACUUGAAGUGGCUAGAUUUGAUAUUCAAUACUGUGACUGGCGAGCCCGACAAGAUGUUCUUACCAUCAUGCUUCUUCAUGAAAAGGUUGUGGACGUUUUAAAUCCUCUUGCUCGUGAUUAUAAGUCUAUUGGCACCGUGAAGAAGGAACUUGCUGGACUGCAAGAAGCAUUAGCCCAAGCUCAUCAGCAGGUUCAUCUAUCUGAAGCAAGGGUUUCUACAGCUUUAGAUAAGCUAGCUUACAUGGAAGCACUGGUUAAUGAUAGGCUGUUGCCAGAUAGAAGCACAACAGAGACUAGCCAUACAUCCCCUUCUACCAGUACUGCUCCUCAAUCUCUGGAUACUGUACAGAGGAGAUCACCCCGAAAAAGCUUGAAUGUGUCAGGUCCAGUUCAACCAUACCAUUCUCACCUUAAGAAUUUUUGGUACCCUGUUGCGUUCUCCACUGACCUGAAGGAUGAUACCAUGAUUCCAAUUGAUUGCUUCGAGGAACCAUGGGUGAUCUUUCGCGGUAAAGAUGGGAAACCUGGAUGUGUCCAGAAUACCUGUGCACAUAGGGCAUGUCCUCUUCACCUUGGUUCAGUAAAUGAGGGUCGGAUCCAAUGUCCUUACCAUGGGUGGGAAUACACAACAGAUGGUAAAUGUGAAAAAAUGCCAUCUACUCGACUACUUAAUGUAAAAAUAAAGUCAUUGCCGUGUUUUGAGCAAGAGGGAAUGAUAUGGGUUUGGCCUGGCAGUGACCCUCCGGCAGCAACACUUCCUUCUUUGCAGCCUCCGGCAGGUUUUCAUGUCCAUGCUGAGAUUGUCAUGGAACUUCCAGUGGAACACGGCCUACUUCUGGACAAUCUUUUAGACCUUGCGCACGCCCCUUUUACUCAUACGUCUACCUUUGCAAAGGGUUGGACUGUUCCAAGCUUGGUGACAUUUUUAACACCUGCAUCUGGCCUCCAAGGAUACUGGGACCCAUAUCCAAUAGAUAUGGAAUUUCGACCACCUUGUAUGGUUCUAUCAACCAUCGGGAUCUCAAAGCCUGGAAAGCUAGAGGGCAAAAGUACCGGCAAUGUGCAACUCACCUUCACCAGCUUCAUGUAUGCUUGCCUUCUUCAAGACAAAAGACUAGAUUAUUAUACAGAAUGUCACUUGAUUUCUCCGCUGCUAAAGCAUAUUCCUUUCAUGGAAUAUCUAUGGAGACAUUUUGCUGAGCAGGUAUUAAAUGAGGAUCUGCGGCUUGUAGUCGGACAGCAGGAGCGGAUGAUAAAUGGUGCAAAUGUGUGGAAUUUACCAGUUACUUAUGAUAAACUAGGAGUAAGGUAUAGGCUAUGGAGAGAUGCUGUGGAAAGAGGAGCAAAGCAAAAUCCUUUCAGCAAACCAACGUAAAUAAUUUCUUUUUUCUUUUCUUUAAGAAAAACGACCUAACUUCUCCAGAUGCUUUUCAAGAAUCAAGCCCUCUCUUCCAACUUAUUCGUUCUGGGGUUGGCUUGCAAAUAAUCAACCACUGGUAGGCAGCGUGUGCAGUUUGGCCUUUGGUCUCUAAAAUAGGACAUUCUUGCACUGUCAGAGGUGGAAACUGUUGAUUGAUCUGUGGCAGAGAGAGACUGUUUCUGCAUACUAAUCCUUGCAAGAUAAAAGAGAAAUUGUACACUACCUUAAUUGAUUUUGUGUACAGUGAGAUUCAAUUUCAUCUCUUUGAAAGCCAAUGAUAGCCUUGAAGAUUGCUUGCUAUCAGCUUUAUUAUGAAGCUCUUGGUGUUUGAAAGAUGAGAGAUCUCUGUUGUAUCAUAUUAUAACAUUUAUAUUUAACGGAAUCGCAAAAUUUCCACCUUGUUGCCCAUCAA